UAGUAACUACUGAUUUAGAGGUACUUGUAUGAUGGAUGUAAAUGCUAGUUAACAAAGACAAAUGCUUGAAAAAUUGUUGAUUACAAUGAUGUUGUGUGGAUUCUCUGUAACAAGCUGCGUUAAAAAAUAUCGAUUUAAGGAAAACAGCAUUACGGUACAUGGAUAAAGGGUACACAAUUGUUUAGAGGAAAGGUACAGGAAAGUAAUUAACAAAUAUUAUCUAGGAUUAUUUUCCCAUAACGGAACACCUUGUUUUGUUUUAUUAUUUACUUGUGUAGAAGGUGUUUUUGAGCAAUAUGAAACCGAGCUGAGUCGACAUUUCAUUAUCAGGAAGUUUCAGAUGUGUUGCUCUUCCAGUUUAGUUAGAUAUUUACACUUACAUAAAAAUAAGUGCAAAAUCCUAAGCAUUGCAAUCCAACUACAGGCAUGGCAAUGGAUAGUAGAAAGAAACGAAAUCUAUGCAGAUGAAACCUGUGGAACUCCAUAUAAGAAGCAACCAGACAUCAGGGUCAAUCCGGCAGCCCUCGAGUUAUCAGUAGAGUUAUCAAUCAUAUAAGCUCUACUCUUCUGGAAAACCUUUCCACUAGAUGUUUGGAUUUGUGAUCAUUCAGACACAAGAGCUUUGGUGAUGUCAGGGGAGGACUUCUGGGGUGCAGUUCAUCUCAAAUGUGUUCAGUGGAAUUGAGCCAGAAUCAGGGCUCUGUGCAGGACACUCGAGUUCUUUCAGUGCAACCUCGACAAACCACGUCUUCAUGGAGCUCACUUUGUGAAAUGCUUAAUGAUCUGCCUUAUCUCUUCUUCAGGGAACCCAGUUUCUGUUAGUGUUGUUAACUGCAUGUCAUAUCAUGUUGAUUCAGUCCCUUGGACUUUCAAGAGGCUCACUUGAGCUAUUAAAGUGCCGGAAAGGCCCUUAAAAUGAAGAUAGUGGUAAUUCCCCCUAAGGGAAAAUACUAACAGGAAGUUCUAAAAAAAAAAAAAAAAAGAGGUAGCAAUGAAGGAAAGUCACUAAGGGUGUGUUAAAAUCACUUUGCAUGGUUGCAUGUUUUGACAGCCUGAGCAUGAUUAGCAUGAACAAUAUGUAGGCUGGCAAACAGGUUCUACAAUGUCACGUGUGAAGUGAUGUAUGUGCUUUUUUGGGAAAGCCUGGCAGUGAGCAACAUGCUGAGAUACACACAGGUACGAAAUCCAAAACAGCGCAUUCUCUGUGAUAUAUGAUAACGUAGCAGAAAGAAAGCUACUAGCAGGGGGAAAAGUGACAUUCGAAAGGAUGGAAGGAAUGUCGCAAGAAGCAAGUCCCAAACCUAAAUGUCCAGCUCGUCCUCCACCACCUGAUCCCUCAAAGCUACGAACCCUACAACUUUCCAGGCUUGAGCAGACAGACGAAUUACAAGCUCAAACAUGUAACCUAUCACUAGAGGAUCUAAAAAUUCCGACAUACAUUGACGUGUUGUCUGACAAGUCGCAAACUAAGGGUGUAGCUCCAGCCAGGCCUCCACCUCCAGUACUGAGGAAAUCAUUCCAUUCUCAGACCACAGAGACAAAGGCUCGUACCCUACCUGCAAAUGCCCCUCCUCCUCGUCCUGUUGCUCCACCUCGGCUUUCUGUGACGCUUCCACGAAAACACUUUCUCUGCCAGUCCCUGUCCGCCGAGCCUACUGAACAUGUUUAUGAAAGCAUAGACGAUGUCCUGUCACAGGAUGAAGGUGGAGGGAGAGGAUUAUCUACAGGCCUAGCAAGAAAAGGGCGUUUUCCUACUUACCACUCAUGGAGUGAAUUGUCUAGUGUGAAUGGAGACCACACCGCAAGGGAGCUGGAUAUCUUGUUAGAGUGGUGGAGAAGUAUAGGAGGCUUGGAGAAUCUACAAAUGGGCUAUCAACAAGAGGAAACAAAAACAAAACCUCUGAUCUUAGUGGCACAAAGGGUAAAAACAGCGAUGCAUCUGUACGAGCUGCUUUUAGUUCAGCGUUGCACGGACGUGCUGAACCAUAUCACUGAGCUACACUGCACUGCAGACAGUCUCGUCAAGUCGAAUAAGAAAGCUCGUCUUGCUAAGCUCACAGGAGGCACCACAGGUGCGGUUGGUGGGGUUACUAUUGCAGCAGGCCUUGCUCUUGCUCCACUGACCUUCGGAGCCUCAUUGGUGGCAACCGGAAUCGGUGUCGGAAUCGUUGCUGCCGGAGGAGUCACAGGGGCAUCAGCAUCUUUCAGCAAAAAAAAGAAAGGGAAUUGGUUAAAGGACAAGGUGGAAAAAAUCAUAAACAGCUACAAAACCCAGAUAGAAGAUAUUCUAGCAUGCUUAAGGUUUAUUGAUAUAGGAAUGGAGCAGCUCAGGCAGCAGGAUAUCACCGAGCUGAAUGAAAUGGGUGCUCCACUGGAGAAAAUAGGCAGAGUUGCUCAUGAAAUGGAAAACAUACACUCAGUGGAUGUUAUAAGUGAGUGUUUCAGCAUCCUGGAGGAUUUGGACUCCUAUUUUCUUGAGGAGGAGGAUCCAAGUACCAAGAGAAACUCUAACACCCAGCUUGCACAGAAAGUCCAUGAGGUAGCUGACAAUCUGAAAGAGUGUGUGGAUCAGCUGAUACGGAUUAAAAAUCUCUUUCGCUCAGUAGAUGAUAGUGUUUGAUUAAAAUGAUACAUUUUGUAAGCUGUAAUGUAUCGUGCAAUGUAUAUAUACACUAUAUCGCCAAAAGUUUUGGGACACCCCUCCAAAACAUAGAAUUCAGGUGGUGUUUUUCAAGGGUUGGGCUCGGCCCCUUAGUUCCAGUGAAAGGAACAUUUUGGACUAUUUCAUGCUCCCAACUUUGUGGGAAAUGUUUGAGGAUGGCUCCUUCCUGUUCCGACAUGACCACACACCAGUGCACAAAGCAAGCUCCAUAAAGACAUGGAUGAGCGAGUUUAGUGUGGAGGAACUUGACUGGCCUGCACUGCACUGAGUUCUGAACUCAACCCGAUUUAACACUUUUGGGAUGUAUUAGAGCGGAGACUGUGAGCCAGGCCUUCUCGUCCAACAUCAGUGCCUGACCUCACAAAUGAUCAAAAAUCCCCAUAAACGCACUCCUAAACCUUGUGGAAAGCCUUCCCAGUAGAGUUGAAUCUGUUAUAGCUGCAAAGGGAGGGCCAACUCCAUUUUAUAUUCAUGUGCAUGUAAAGGCGGCUGUCCCAAAACUUUUGGCGAUGUAGUGUAUAUACAUAUAUAUAUAUAUUUAUAAAUAUAGAUGUUUGUUAUAGAUAUAAUAGAGCCUUUAGCUUUAAUCAUCUAUCCAGUAUGAUGACCCUGAUGUUAUGUCCAUGUAUUGAUGAAACGUCUCAUUUUAUACCACAGGUAUGUUGAAUGCCUGAUUCUGAUUGGGUCGAAGCUGUUAAACAGGAACAUCUUCUGUUAUGUGGCAGAUGCUCUGCAUAAAAGGAUUUAAAAAAGUUUUUAAUUGUUGAUGGUUAUUUUUUGGUUAAGUUACAAUUUUUUUAGUAUAUUUGUAACAAUCAAAUCUG